AAUAACUCCGGGGUUUUCAAAAACUGUUGGAUGUUUACAGAUGGACGCUAAUUCCUUACUUAGAGAUCAAAUACGCCACAAACUGACCGAGGUUUCUUUGUCAUCUAAACACGUAAAAGAUGUGGCAUCGUUUCUGUUAAUCCAGGCAGAGCAUUCAGACUUCAUCUCAAGCCAGUGGUUGGAAAUAUUUAAAAAUUCGAACAAUCCAAGUUUCCAAUUAGCUCUACUUUAUGUGGCAAAUGAAAUUCUUACUAAAAGUUCUAAAUAUGGCGUCUCUGAAUUCGGUGAAGCACUAAAACCGGUCGUGACGCAAGCAGCACAAUUUUUAAAACCUGGGCCAUUUAUAUCUAAGCUUACAAAGUUGAUUAAUUACUGGACCUAUCGUAAAGUCUUCGAUACCAAGUUUACUGAACAGCUUUUACAGAAACUAAAUGCUACAGAACAAGUCGAUAAGAAAAAUAUAACUCCAACAUCACAUUAUGAUAGUAAUGCAGAUAGUAUCGUUAAAAACUUUAAUCCUGAGAAGCUACUUGAUACGUUACGCAAGAUAAAACAACUAGAUGAGAUUUGUGAAUCACACGGAAAAUUCGAUAUUAACCCACUUGGUUACGGUACACCAAUCUCAUCAACUGUUAGUUCAUUAAAAAGUAAAGAAGAAAGUCGAUCAUUAACAGGUCAAGUUGAUAAGUGUUGUAAACAUUUAGAAUUUAUAUAUAAGAAAUAUGAAGAACGCUUGGAACACAUGAAUGCGUUGCAAAGUAUACUAGAAGGUGCAGAAAUUUAUUAUAAUGUACAAUUGAAAGAAGUUGCUGUCGUUGUGAAUGCCUAUGGUACGUACGGAAAACGUGUUACAAAGACACUUUCUCAACUGCAUGAUUUAAUCCAUAUGGAUCAUACUUCAUCAUCGUCAUCACCGUCUAGAGCUACUACUACUACUUGUCAACCUGAUCAUAAUAAACAGUCAACAAAAUACAACAGAGAGAACUGUUUAAAUGAAUCACUUUAUGCAGGUGAUGAAUAUUAUGAAGAUUUAAAUGAUGGAUUUACUCAUCACGAUGACGACGAUGAUAAUGAUGGUGUUGGCGUUGACUUGGAAUACCAUGAAGAUAUCGAUGUUGAUAAAGAAGACGGUAGUAUCAACAAUAAUAACAAAACUGAAAAAUUGAACACAAAAUUGUUAAAUAAAAAAGAUAUCGAAUAUUCUUCUGACAUCAUUAAUAAUCAAUCACCGAUUGAUAUAUCCUCAAAAGUAAUCACAGAUAGUUUAACUAAUCGAAUCAAUAAUCAAUCAUCAAAUAUUUUCAAUUUACUUGUUAAAUCAAAUAAUUCUACUACAAUUGGUAAAGAAUGUGAUUCCAAGUCAUCAAUGAAUCAGUCCCAAACAUUUCAAUCAAUUUGUAAGCCAACACCAUUUGGUUUUCCUAUUUUUCAACCAGUUUGUGAUGCUUCCGGUGAUGUAGAUUAUCGAGUAUUAUUAAAUCCAACAUUACCUAAUUUAGUUAAAACUAAUGAUGAUAAUAAUUCCAGACCGGAAAUGAUCCCAAUUUCAAAAUUACAAGAUCCAAUAGUUACCAAUCCUUCAGAAGUUAACCCUAUUAAUUCUUUAUCCAAUAUGCCUAAAAUGAAUCCUCAUGACGCUUCCGUUGUUGUUAAUGCCAACAAUUAUUCGCAUAAAUUUAAAAGUUUACAUAAAACUGUUUAUUCAACUUGUACCAGUUCAAAUACUCAGAAUAAUAAAGAUGCUGUCAGUGAUUAUCAUCAUCAACAACAACAUGGUCAUGAUAAGACGAUAAAUAAAACAAGUCAUACCGCUGUUGAUGAUGAAGAAGAUAAUAUGGAAGUAUCAGAUGGCGAAGAACCUUCUGAUAUAACAAAUCAAAGCAUACUGGAUAAAAAAGUAAAUCCAAAUGAUCAGUCUGAUGUAUGCUCACAACAAGAUAAAGAUUGGCGUAUAUUUACUGAAGUGAAGUGUAAUGUAAUGAAACCAAUAAACUGCCUAACUGGAACAGCAUCUGAUAAUAAUCCUACAACUCCUACCAUUUCGCCCAACAAUCCAGUAGUAGGCUUGACUGUGCCAUCUGAAUCUUUUAUGCAACCAACUCCACCACGACCGCCUACGUCUGUACGUAUUCCUCCUCCUCCGGCGCCUCCACCAUUUGUUGUUGGGGGAUUAGAUAGUCAACAUUCUUUCAGUCCACCGCCUCCUCUUCCUUCAACAUUGAAUGAACUAGCUUAUCAGCAGCACCAUAUAGUACCUGUGACCAAAUCCGACUCAUUCAUUCCACAACCUCCAGCACCACCACCAAUGUUAUUGAAUUUGAAACAGGUCAAUACAACUAUUACUAGUAGUGCUAGUAGCAGCGGUAGUAGUGAAUUGACAAAAUCUUCUGAACAAUCAUCUGUCAAUUCUUGUGAAAUUAUCCAGUCGGAAAAAUUAUCCGCUAUUGAUAUAUUAAAAAAUCUAUGUCAAUCAUCAUCUUUACAAUCGUCAAAAUCAUCUUCCUCCUCAUCGUCGUUGUCAUCAUCAUCGUCAUCAUUCAAUUUUUCUUCUAAUGUUAUGACAACAUCAAUUUCUUCAUUUAUUUCUCCUUUUUCAUCUAUACCACUGUCAAUAUCCACAUCAUCAUUAUCUAUUGAGAAUGAUAUUACUUCUUCAUUGUCUAAUAGUAAUAUUCCAUUAUUAUCACCUAAUAAUAUUCAACAAGAUAUAAUAAUGAAUUCAUUAAAUGCUAUUAAAAAUCUACCCAUUUCAACUUCUUCUUCUUCAUCAUCAUCAUCAUCAUCAUCUUGUGAGACGAAUAUUCAUCAAAAUGUAAAUAAUAAAAUGAUAGAAGAUCCAUUUGCUGUUAUUUCUCGUUUAACUGGACUAUCGAAUUUAAUGAAAAACAUCCCAGCACAAUCGAAUCCUAUUACACUGUCAGUUACUUCCCCUGUUCCAUCCAGUAACCCUGUCCUGGAAUCUUUUCAUGAUACAAUUAUUUCUACUAGUACUACUAUCACAGCAACAACAACCACUGCUGCCACUGAUUUAUGUUGGAAAACUAACCACCUAAUGAAUGAUCCAUUGUUAUUGUCAUCUACCAAUAAUGAUUUUAAAUCAAUAGAUUGCGUUCAAGAAGUAAUAACGACCAAUGCAACAAUACCAACAACAACAACGAAUGUUUCUAAUAAUUCAUAUAUUCCAUGUGUCAAACGAUCCAGGUUUUCAGAUGCUAUCAAUAUUGAAGAUAACAGUAAAACAAAUGUUCCAUCAUCAACCACUAAUGCAUUAUCCACUACUAAUGUGACUAUUUUAUCUUGUACUACUCCUACGACCACAACGACUAUCUCAUCAUCGUCUACCAGUUCUGAUCUACUACGUUGUUCGAUCGAUAAAAAAUCAUCAUCAUCUGUUUCUAAAACUUCAAUAAAUAAUGACAAUGAUGAACAAUCGAAAUUCUCUGAUCUUGAUAAAAUUAACUCGAUGAAUAGUAGUAAUGAUAGUGAUAGUUCUCCAGGUGGAGGUGAUACACCUACUUUAGAUGAAAGACAAGAUGAUUUAUUAUCGGGUAAUAAUGAUAAAGAUCAAUCUCUGAUAUCAUUUCAUCCGUUUGGUACGCCAGCAUCAAGUUUAGCGGAUUUUUUAAUUCCCAAUUCCUGUCAUGGAACAGAUCCAAAAUCUUUUCUGUCAAAUAUUCCUCAUAGUAUCGUUUCACAGACUUCAAUUACUCCUUCUCCUAUUCCAUCAUUAACAUCUGGAUAUAGAUUACCAUUUUGUAAUCUUUCAAAUUCUAUGAAUAAUACUACUUCAAUUCCUGUUGUCAAUUCAAUGAAUAUACCUUCAACACAAUUAUCAAUGAUCCAACCAACUGUACUAACAGCGAAUAAUAAUCCUAACAUGCCUAUAACGAAUUCACAGGUAGCUCCUGGACUAACUCAUUCAAAUAUGAUGUUUUAUGAUCCAAUGACAAGAAUGCCUAUUACUCCUAGAUCAUUAGUACCUGGACCUUUUAUAAUAUCACCUCAGCAAACACGUUCAAUAGCAACAGUUCCAGCACAGAAUAAUUUACAAUUACCAACUACACUAUUUCGUGGACAGAAUUGGUCACAAUCGUUAGUCAAUCAAACAACAUCGUUACAACGUCCUCCAUCUAAUGAUUUUUGGGCACUGAUGAGUACAGUUCCCCCACCUCCUCCUCCUCCACCACCACCACAACAACAACCAUCAACUCUAUGUCAACCGCCUACACUUUCACCAUUUAAUCCAACUCAAAUACGUCAACCAUUAAUUGGUGGGAUGUUGCUUAAUCCAAAUGCAUGGAUGUUCUCUUCAACUAAUCGAGAUCAAAAAUAAUAAUAUGAAUUACAUCGGAUAGUACUUCCCAUCUUCAUUCUGUUGUUUAUAUAUAUAUUUAUAUCUUCUUUGGAUUAUCCAUUGAAAAAAUAUAAAAUACAUUAUACUUUACGUAUCAUUAUUUUCAACACUGUACAGGAAAACAAUUCAGAUGAGAAUCAGAUUCCAAACAAAACAAUUUACAUCAUAACUACUACUACUACUACCAUAGUCUCAACAAUUCCUAAUGAAUAUUGACCAUAACUAACAAAUGUAUAUUUUGAUGAUUGUGUUCUUUUUCUUUUUCUUAACCAAAAAAAAAAAAAACAAACAAACAAACAAAUAAAUUAUCUAAUCUUAGUUUUAAAAUAAUACAUGUAUAUGAGAUGAAUAGGGGUGUGUAUGAGUGUGUGUGUGUGUGUGUCUGUCUGUCUGUUUGUAUGUAUCCAUGUGAGAUAAUCAAUUUCACUUGGAAUUUUAAAUAGUUUCCUACUUAAAAGUCCACUUUUUUUUUAUAAAAAAAAGAAGAGACAAACAAUAUGUAUGAAUGAAUAUAAAUAUAUGUGUGUUUGUGAUUGGACUCUUUCACAUGUUUUUAUUUUCUUGUACAUUGUCAAAGCUUUUAAAAUGUAUUUUACACGAUGUAACCUUGUUUUUUUUUUUAGUUUUGCAAGUGUUAUCUAC